GCUUCAUGCGAGGCCUACUACGGGUAUUACAGGAAAAGUUACUCUGGUGGACAGCAUGGUAAAUUUAAGCUGCUAUGAGCGCUUGAAUACUGCUUCAGUGCAUCCCCAAACAAUGGGAGUGGAUUUAAGUAUGUGGAACUAUUUGAUAGAUCGGAAGAACCUUCGGAUAUCCUGCUGUAAGUUAUGAUCGGAUUUGGCUGACUUACAUCGUCGCUUUUAGGCGUCGGGCAGUGCGAAUAUGCACGGGCAACCUUAUUUACCAUUUGGUCCGCACGAGCGUUUCACAAACGCGGUUCGUAUGACGACCCCUAUAGCAUUGUCCUGCCGUCGCUGACGCGUCGUAUUUUCAUCUCCCGGCGCCAAACGAACGGAGCAGGUGUUGGAGCAGAUCCCUCCCUCUCGGCUAUUCUCAGAGCUCAUACAGUCCCUGCUCGCUCCUACAGCGGCUUUUAAUCGCAUUAAUAUUCGAAAAUAGGCCUCCACGGUGAUGGAGGGCCCACCGACUUGGCCGCGGACCAGCUUGCGUAGCACCACAUCGUCGUAGCGCUGCUGCUGCCCACUCGGCCUAAGCAGGCGCUGUUAUAUGAAGCUGCGUGUACUACGCGACCUGCAUGGUGAGGGGAGCUGUCGAUGACGCCGUCGGCAGGAAAUGCCAGAUGAACAAAAUAAAGGCUAACAUAACGCCCGGCCGCGCGCCAGACGCACGACUCUCUUCCCCUUGACUCUCAGCUACGCCGCGCUUGCCGCAAGCAUCGAGUACAACGUUUUUUUUUUUUUUUUUGCCUCCUCUCUGUCAGCCUUCGUAGUCCUCGCUAGGCCGGCUGCAGCCAGCGAUAGCAGCAUCAGCAAGCGCGCGGAGCAACGCGGGAGGAACAGGGACUCUGUUAAGCUCGGCUCCACCGCCAUGUUUCGAUAAGUGCUGUCACCAAACCCAGCUCGUGCGUCCGUCGUCGCGUUACUUCUUGUUGUUCGCCGGAGAGAGGCACGCCCCUACGCGAGUUAAAAGAAGCGCUAGCGUCGCUGUGCGUCUCGGAGUCAAGAAAGAGCUCGAAUAUGGAGUUCGAAGACGUGAUCGAAGAGCUCGGAGGCUUCGGCAAGUUCCAGAAGUUCCUCUUGUGGGGAUUCCUACUGCCUUCGCAGAUACUGUUUCCUUUCUUCUCGAUGAACCUGAUAUUUCUGUUGUCCGAGCCCGACCAUCAAUGCGUGGUGCCACAACUGGACGCCCUGGGCCUGAACGAAUCUCGCGCCCUAGAGAUUCGCAAGCUGCUCGUGAGCGGCGACGAGUGUGCGGUGUUGCCGAUGCGGGAUUUCAACUCGACACGCUUGGUGACCGCAGAAGGGUUCGAGGCGACGUCGUGGAACGCGUCGUGGUUCGUGAACGAUAGUGCGCCCAGGCAGCCCUGCGAGCUGUUUCGUUACGACGACCUGCACUACGAAGAGACCGUGCCCACCGAGUGGGAUUUGGUCUGUUCUCACGGUCACCUUCCAAGCCUCGUGUACUCUGUAGCGACGGCGGGAAGCGUCAUUGGAACUGUCAUCAUUGGUGCACUGGCUGACAAGUACGGUCGUAAGCCAACGUUUUUCGCCAUAGUGGCGUUGGCAGCACUGUCGGGAUUCGGCGCCGUGCUGUCCACCAACUUCGCCAUGUUCGUCGUCAUGCGCUUCGUCAACGCCCUGCUGGACCCGCAGAUCGACCAGUUGCCCUACAUCAUCAUCCUGGAGCUGGUGGGUGCCAAGCAGCGCACCCUGACGUUGGGCGUGGCGUGCAUGGGCUGGACUCUGGGCAUGUGCCUGCUGCCGCUGGUGGCCUACCUCAGCCGUACCUGGGUGCUGCUGGCAACAGUGUGCGCCUCGUUCGCGGUGCCUCUCUUCUGCUACAUCAGGGUCAUCCCCGAAUCUCCGCGGUGGCUCUUGUCGCAGGACCGGCUCCCCGAGGCGUCGGCCGUUCUGCGCCGCAUUGCCUUCCGAAACGGAGUCGAGCCCCCGAGUGACCUCGAUCUGAAGCUCAAGAAAGUUCAGCAAAGCAUAACUGCCGAAGAGGAAUCGGAGAAAUCAGGCUCCAUGCUGGACUUGGUUAUCAAACCCAAGAUACGGAAAAACUUGCUGAUACUCACGUUGAUAUGGUCUGCGAACGGCUGCGCGUACAGCGGCCUGCACAUCAACGUGACGCACUUGAGCGGCAACGAGUUCCUCAACUUUCUCUACCUGGCCCUGGUCGAGUUUCCGGCCAACGCGAUUGGCUGGUGGAGCAUGGACCGCUACGGCCGGCGCUGGACAAACGUCUUCUUCGUGCUUCUCACGGCCACCGCCUGUUGGGCGGCCGUCAUUGCCCCCACGUCCGGUACGGUGCACAUCGUCUCCUCGAUCGUGGCCAAGUUCUCGACCACGGCGGCGUACAUGAUGAUGUACCAGCAGUCGGCCGAGCUGUUCCCGACGCCGCUACGUUCCUUCUCAGUGGGAGUGCUCACCGCUCUGGCCGCAGUCUUCACGGCAUCGGUGCCUUACAUCGUCUACCUGGUGAGGUACGGCGCGUGGAUCCCCUUCCUCUUCCUCGCCGUGCUGACAAUGGCUGCUGGCAUCGCGGCGGCCUGGCUACCCGAGACGAAGGGCUACCCGCUCUGCCAGACGGUUGAAGACGCCGAGAAAUUUGGCCAUGACCAAAAAUUCUUCUCAUUCAACAGGUUAGAGGACUCCUCGAAGCGCUCCAGGCGUGUCGAAGAAAACGGCAACAAGAAGACCGUCGAACUGCAACCUCUGCAGGCUGAGGCAUGACCGAUUCGUCCGAUGCCUCAUGUGAUGCGCCAUUAGCAAAGAAGAAACCUUCGUCUCAGCACGUGUGACACUACGUGAUAAGACACCGUGCCUGUAUAUAUAUAUAUAUAUAUAUAUAUAU